GCGCCGCCAUGUGCAUCCGACGUUAACGCCCCAAAUAGUUCCCGCGCUCAGCGCCGUAUACACGUCAGGAAAGUAAACCUUUCAUUACGAAAGCUACAAAAAGCAAUGCUAUUUCACAUUCUGUGUUUAAAAGUGAUGCGACAGCAAGUUGUGGAUGAAAUCCAAGCGACCGCAGCUCGUUAUUGAUCUGCGGAUGAAUACACACGCGCAGCUGUUGCCCAGGUUUUGCGGAGCAGUGUGUGUUCAAGAGCUCAAGUUAUGUUGCCUGUGCGUGGUUUAAGUGAACCGAAAGGCGAAUUGUUUCCUUCGGAGACCUUCGAAUAAUGUCCACAUCAUCCAGCAAGACAAAACCGGACUACAUCUUGCCACACACCGCGUCUCAGGAGAACCAGCCGUCGCCGUUGGCCCUGCUCGCCGCGACCUGCAGCAAGAUAGGGUCGGUGCCGCCGCUCGAGCAGACGCAGCCGGAGGCCCAGGGGCCUCAGCAGACCGUCCGCAUCAUUAACGCGGCGGUGUUGCAGCAGCUAGCAGCCCAGCAGGCCGACAGCGGCAACACCGUGGCGGGCCACCAGGUGCUCCGGGACCCCCUGGCCCUGCCCACCAGCGUGCCCCAGGUCAUCACCCUGCAGCAGCUGCAGAACUACCUGCCGCUGCACCAGGCUCAGCACGUCGCGCCGGCCACCGACAGUGGCGGCCAGCAGAGCGGCGUCAAGACCUUCGUGUCGUCGGGGGUGACGCCCACCGUGCUGUCGGUGCAGGGCGUCCCGGCGCAGUUCCUGCAGCAGCAGGGCGCGCAGCUGGGCCAGAAUGUGGCCGCCUACAACGUGGUGCAGCCCAUGCAGACGGUCACGGUGGACGGGCAGGAGGCCCUGUUCAUCCCGGCGGCGGCCGUGCCCAGCGCACAGCACCAGGCCGUGCAGGCCCUCAUCACGCCCUCGGGCCAGAUCAUCCGUGCCCCGGGGCUGUUCCCCGCCAGCCUGCUGCAGGGCCUGGGCGGCCACACGCUGCAGGUGGCCAACGGCCAGAGCAUGGCGAUGCGGCCGGCGGUGCAGCAGCUGCUGCAGUUCCCGGUGCAGCAGACGAUCCCGGUGCAGGUGCCGGUGUCCACCGCCGGCGGCCAGACCCUGUACCAGACCUUCCACUUCCCCCUGCAGGCGUUCGCGUCGCCCGCGCAGGGCCAGGUGCAGAUGCUGCCGCAGCUGGGGCAGGUGGCGCAGGUGAUCACGCCGUCGGGGCAGCUGCAGCAGCUGCAGCUGGCGUCGGUGGCGCAGCUGGGCGGCCUGGCCCAGGCGCAGGCCCAGGCCCAGGCCCAGGCCCAGGCUCAGGCUCAGGCGAGCAGCAGUGGUGCCACCUCGACCACCUGGAGCACCUCCACCGUGUCCACGCCCAGCGUCACCGUCCAGACGGUGGCGGCGCCGGGCCUGGACGCGAGCUCCCAGCAGGCGCAGGUGUCGACGGGGCAGAGCGUGGUCCUGGGACACGCUCAGCCGCAGCACAUCACGCUGGCCGGCGCGCAGGGCCAGCAGGUCACCGUCAUACCCGCCGCCAGUCUGGCCAACCUCGCCCAGGCCUCCAUGCGAGCCGGCACCAACAUCAUUCAGGUGCCGAGCCUCUCCGGGCUGCAGAACAUCCAGGGCCUGGGCAACGUGCAGCUGAUCCCGGCCAGCGCGCUGUCCAUGGGCACGCAGAGCUCGUCCGUGCCACAGCAGGCGGGGGGCACGCCCUCCAUCGCCUCGGUGCCCACGCUGCUGCCCGGCGCACAGAUCAUCUCAGGCCAGCAGCUGCAGCCCGACCCCGGCGACCCGCUCAAGUGGCAGGUGGUGACGAGCAGCCACGCGGGCCAGGCGGCGCAGCACGGCGCACAGCACGGCACUCAGCACGGCGGGGACGGCGCGGAGCCCCAGAAGGCACGGGUGCGCAGAGUGGCCUGUACGUGUCCCAACUGCAGGGAGGGGGAGCGGAACGUGGACCGCAAGAAGCAGCACGUGUGCCACGUGGCGGGCUGCAGCAAGGUGUACGGCAAGACGUCGCACCUGCGAGCGCACCUGCGCUGGCACUCGGGCGACCGCCCCUUCAUCUGCAGCUGGCUGUUCUGUGGCAAGCGCUUCACGCGCUCCGACGAGCUGCAGAGACACAGGCGGACACACACGGGCGAGAAGAGGUUCCAGUGUCCGGACUGCAACAAGAAGUUCAUGCGUAGCGACCACCUGUCCAAACAUAUCAAGACUCACUCGAAACAGAGGAACCCGGAUUAUGAUGGUGAUGAAAGCAGAGAGAAAGAAGUCUGGAUUAAUGGGGAGCCAUAUAAAAUUCAUGUGUCUCAGGAGGCAGCCACCUCGACGCAAGACGCCUCCUCCGACGCCAGCUCCUCCAAUGACGAGAAGAUGAUGAUCAUCCCCACGGAGGCCGACCAGUCAGACCUGGCCAUCGACGACGCGCUCGACUCGUCGCUGUCCAACUGAGGCGGGCCCUGCCGUCUACGUACUGCAGCGACGUUACUAGCAGUAGUGCACGGACUUCGCGAUCCCCACAACGUACAGCUGCAUUUCACUGACAUUACCAGCUAACAGCACUGCUGCAUCUGAAUCCUAGCGACAGUGGAUUUGUGCGCGCCACCAUACCAGUAGUAACAUAAAUCUCACGAGACAAACUUUAGGUAUAAUUUGGAACGGUCAAAAUUGUUUAGAAAGCCACUACUAAGUGAGGUUGUUAGAAGUGUGUUGCGAGACAAAGGUCAAAAGUAACCACUACUCUUGACGUAGACAAUGAAGUCCGAACCCACUUUUAAUAAGAGAUAAUUAAACAAAAAAAAAUGAGAAAGAACUUACUUCAUAUCAUUUUGUGCUGUAGCUAACAUCUUGCUGGUAAAAUAUGGCUGGAUGAACACAAAAAUUAUGUCGCUGGGAAUGUAAAUGUUGAAAAAUUAACAUUAAUUCUUAUGCAGUUGUUAAGAAAACACAAAGAAUAUUUAAGCAGACUUCAGCAGAGCUAGCUGUAUUCCCCAGCUGUGUGCACGUCGGCAGGGGAGCAGGGUGGGGGGCCUGCGAGCCAAACAAGCCACGCCUCAACUGCUAGUCAACCUGCAAGCUAGGACUUCCGCACUUCCGUUUCGCAAAGCGUACGUUGUGGGAACACUUGAGGGCCCCUGUCCCUCCACACAUCACGGCAAUGACUAAACGAACAUAUCGCGCAGGUGACGCCUGCUGUUAACGGAACUACUGCGGUGCCGUAGCUCUCGACUGAAAUGUACAAAGCCAGUUUACUUACCUAACCCUAGUUGUAAUGUGUCGAUACUUGUGCAUCAAUAACAAAGCUGAGGCAUUGGCAACCAGUGCAUAAAUUUCAUUGCCUUAAAAGGUUUGUUGUACUUCUUGGUUGAGAUAUUAUGUUUGCUAAAGAUUAUAUUGAAUUUGUUGUGUUAUAUAAAAUGUUUUAAAUAUAUAUCGGUCAAUUUCAAACAUGGUCAGAAAUUUGAUUUAAUGACCAAUAUUACUGGUCAAACGGCCUUGUACUUACAGUGGAACCUCUCAGUUACUGUAAGACCUUGGAAAUUACAACAGUUUUGUAAUGCACUGUCAGUUUGACUACGUGAAUCAUACUUAAUUAAAUUAUGAGUGUUUCCCAGUUGCUUUUUUCGUAAGUGGGAGUUUUGUAAAUGCCAUCUUCAACACUGCCAAGCGAGCAUGUGCUGAACCACUAGCACUCACGGGGGUGGGACUCGUGACAAGCUCCAUGCACCCCCCUCCCCGUAUCAUGGCCGUCUGCUGUGCUGGCAGUAGUGUUGGUGCUCCCUCUGCUAUUCAGUUUUGUUAUGCAUGAAGCAUAUAUUCUCCAGUUAUACUCACUUUGAACUGUGCAUCAACAAAAUUGUUUUUGCAUGCAUAUUUACUAGGUAUUAAUGACAUUUCAUACAUAACACUGCAACCAAUUCUGAACACUUUGCGCACAUAUGUUAGCUAUCCAUCUUUGAUUGGUGAAAACUUUCCAGUCUUAUCGUUUGACUUGUAGCAGCUCGGUAUGAGGAUAGGACUUGAUGGAGAGGAGUGGGUGAAUGUUGCCCUUCCUCCUGCAGUAAUACAGCACACCCAGGGGUACCGUUGCAGUGUUGAGACGUGUCGCUUCUAUUAACGGUGAAAAAACACACAUCAAUAUUUACCAAGUACCUGUGGCACGGGACGACGGCCACACCACACGCCAGGAACAGCAUCAGCUUGCACAAGGGAAGGGUGUCGGCCAUUCUCCCUCGCUCACUCCUGUAAUGCUCAUUUUCCCACUCCACUUACCCCCCUCCUCGACUUGCAUGGCAACUGCAGCGGUUAUCUUUGCUGCGCAUCUGAGUUCGGUCACGAGUCGGACCAUUUCAUUAGUCAUUAAAACAAAC